ACAAAAGAGUGCUCGCAGCAGGCUUUCAGCAAAGCUCCCUCUGCCGUUAUUUCAAUUCCAGCAGGACCAAGACUUUAGUCAGUUUGCAGUUCACCAGUGAACUGUGCCGUCAAUGAGCUGAGUGAAGAGGGAACCUUAAAACCGAGGCAGGCGUUUUUGCAGAGGAGGAAAAGUUACAGCCUGACAACUCCUAAAAGAAGAAGACAAGACGGACUGAAGGACAAUAAAACAAAUAUAGUCCAAGGUCACCAUGCCAGCAGGAAAACAUCCACGGAGCAACYUCAUUCUGUUUAUAAUGGCUUUGUCAGUCAUGUUGGAGGUCUGCAGGGUCCAUGGCUGUCGGACUGGCUUUGGGUCAGAGUGUGAAGAAGCUCCUUUUGUCCCAGGCCACAACCUGGCAGGAGAGGGUUUUGAUGUGGUGCGGAUGCGUCGAACAGGCGCGUAUGUCAUCAACGUCAAAGCUCACCUGGGUACCAACCACACCUGCACACUGUGUCCAAACCGGUUCCAAAAAGGACAGAUUCAGAGGCUUCCAGCAGCGGUGCUCGACUGGCGUCCAUUCAGCCGUUGCAGUAAGCAGCUCUCUAGUGCCCUGCACCACUCUGUGGACUCCCUGCUGCGCAGCUCCACCUCCCUGGUUAACAACAACUGGUACCUGGACUUGAGCCUCGACAAAGUUGGCAAAGCAGUGCUGGGAGGAAGCAGAUCAGACCUGGCAAAGUUUGCUCAUUCACAGCAUAGUGUGGACAAGGCCACUUUUGCCAUUCAUGAAAUCAGUUGCACCUACUACAGCUACAGGCUGGCUGAUCAUCCCCAGCUGAGUACAGAAUUUACAAAGCAUCUGAACCGACUCCCACAGAGUUUAAACACAAGCCAGGACAGAGCCAAGUACAGACGUCUGAUAGACACCUAUGGAACACACUAUAUACACCAGGUCCAGCUUGGUGGUAGGGUGAGGCGAAUCACUGCCUUCAGGACCUGUCUGGCCACACUGAAGGGUUUCUCAGAGUCCGAGAUCAAUAAGUGCCUGAACUCCGAACUUCGAAUGGCUCUAGGUUUCCUCCCCGCUAAUGCAUCCUUCUCCAACAAGUGUGACAACAUCCUGAAGGGAAAUAUGAGCAUGGGCUUCUACCAAGGCUUCAUGACCCACAAGAUCGAGGUUAUCGGAGGGGAGAGGUACUUCCCCGACAUCCUCUACCAGCAAGACCCAUCUGAAGCAUACCAAAGCUGGAUGAACAGCCUCCACGAUAACCCUGACGUGGUUUCCUAUGCCAUCUUCCCUCUGCACCAUUUGGUGGAGGAUUCACAGAUCAGUGCCAAUCUGAGAAGCAUCGUCACUGACUACAUUAAAGAGAACCAGCUGCAGGAGGCGCAGCCUGCUCUCAAGAGCUGCUCCCCAACUCCUAACCUGGAUCACAACUGUUGUCCAUUAAGGGCUGGCAGAGGAACCCUCGGACUGGAGAUCCACAGAGCUGCAGGCCUGAAGGCGGACACCUUCACAAAAACAGACGCCUACUUGAAAAUCUUCUACAACGGAAAGUACGAGGAAACUGCGACAGUAAUGGACGACAAUAACCCAGAGUGGAAUGCCACUUAUAAUUUUGGUUCAGUUGAACUGGGUCAGGAGUUGAGGUUUGAAGUCUGGGACAGGGAUGUGUUCUAUAAUGACUUGGUUGGGAGAUGUCUUCUGUUUCCUGAGAGGGGAAUUCACUCCAUGAGGUGUCGGCUCAGUACAGGAGUUCUCUACUUCACCUACACCAUCAGAUGUGACGCUCACUUGACAGGCUUUAGGUGUGGACGGUACUCCCCCCAUGCUGAGUAGGUUGUUAGGUUACAGGGCUUUAAUAUAGAUUUCUAUAGAUAGAUGAUGUUUAAGUUUAUAUUU